CACCCGCAAUCCCACCCCCCAUCCUCCUGCACCCUCUGCCUCGUUCUCUGUCUUGGGGAAGGUCAGAGACCAAACGAAGCUGCCUGCUCACAGAGCCUCAGCCCAACCUCCGGGAGAGGUCCCUGUCCGCUGGUAUCCAGCCCCCAUCCUGUGCAAGGCAGCCCCCGGAGAGGCAGAAUGGCUGGCAGAUUCUGGCUGGCAGCCAGCACCCUGGCCAUGAUCCUGGGCAUGGCAGUAACUCAGGAGAACGUGUGUCAAGCACCACCAGGCAAAGAUGGCUACCCUGGAGUACCGGGCCUCAACGGGAGGCCAGGGCAGAAAGGCGACAUAGGCGAGCCAGGGUUACCGGGAAGAAAGUCGGGAAUCCGGGGACCCAAAGGUGACGAAGGGGAACCUGGGCCUCCCGGCAUGCCUGGGAACCAGGGCUACAGGGGGCCAAAUGGUUCCCCCGGGCUCCCAGGGCCGCCAGGGAGGAAGGGAGCCAAAGGCAAGUCUGGCAAUAUCAAGGAUCAGCCCCGACCCGCCUUCUCGGCCUCCAGGAAGAACCCCCGCACCAGCGGGAACAUCGUGGUCUUUGACAACGUCAUCACUGACCAGGACAGCGCCUACAACGCCGAGAUGGGCCAGUUCACCUGCCGGGUGCCCGGCGUCUACUACUUUGCCUUCCAGGUGAUCUCCAGCGGGAACCUCUGCCUCAGCCUCAUCCGCAACGAGAAAAAGGAGUUGGGCGUCUGCGACAGCAACAGCCGAGGCAUCCUGCAGGUGAACUCAGGGAGCAGCGUGCUCCAGCUGGCCAAGAACGACCGGGUCUGGCUCGAGAGCGACCCCCGCCAAGGCAAUCGGGUGUACGACGGCACCGAGGCCGACAGCGUCUUCAGCGGCUUCCUGCUUUUCCCUGAGACCCAAAGAAAUGCCCAGGACAGGGAUGUGAAACUUGGCCAGGGUCCCGGCAAAGGGGCUGGUCUUUCCAAGAGGCCUGUCCUGGCCUCCUUCGGCCACCAACUUCCUCCUGGCUGGUGUCACAGUCAGAACUCUGACAAGCCAGCCAGCAGCCCCACCGCAGCAGAGCCCUCCGGAGAGCGCGGGAGCCAGCGCCCUGCCCCAGAGAGUAUGACAAAGAUGGCCAAGAAUGUCUGGGAACCAGUGGGCCUGGGCCUAGCCCUUCUCCUCCUGGCGCUGGAGACCACAGUGACAGGCAGUGCUUCCCACAGCUGCUAUGGGACCCCUGGGCUACCUGGCACGCCUGGCAUGCCUGGCAAGGAUGGCAGAGAUGGGCUGAAAGGAGUCAAAGGCGAACCAGGCAUUCCGGCCAUUCCUGGAACCCGAGGGCCCAAGGGGGAGAAAGGAGACCCCGGCAUUCCCGGCCUGCCAGGAAAAAAUGGUCCCAUGGGUCCCCCUGGCACCCGGGGAGAGCCGGGCGAGUACGGCCAGCCUGGGGGCCCCGGCCUGCCAGGCAAUUACAAGCAGAAGCACCAGUCGGCCUUCUCAGUAAUGAGGCAGACCGGGCAGUACCCGGACAAGAACGCCCCUGUGGUGUUCAACCACGCCAUCACCAACCUCAGCGAGGACUACAACACCACCUCGGGCAAGUUCACCUGCCGUGUGCCUGGCCUCUACUACUUCGUCUUCCACACCUCCCAGACCGCCAACCUCUGUGUCAACAUGUACAAGAACCGGCAGAAGGUGGCCAGCUUCUGCGACCACAUGUCCAACAUCAAGCAGGUCAGCUCUGGGGGUCUCCUGCUGCGCAUGGAUGCCGGGCACCAGCUCUGGCUGGCAGUCAAUGACUACAACGGCAUGGUGGGCAUUGCUGGCUCCGACAGUGUCUUUUCCGGCUUCCUGCUCUUCCCAGACUAGGGAGGCCAGCCCAGCCCUGGCCGCGCCAGCUGAUCCCAGCCUCUCUCUGCCCUCUAAAGUGCAUGCUGGCUCUCGCCCUGCAUCGCAGCGCCUCACAGUGGGGCACAAGGGAAUGGCAUCCCUGGGGCGCUCUGCACAGGCCCUCUGCUUGCAUCAGCUUGCUUAGGGCUGGGGCAGAGCCUGUUGGCUGCAGUCCUGCCCCUAUCAGGCCCCAGUAGCCACCCAGACGCCACCCAAAAACUAACCAGGGCCAAGCGGUUUUUCACAUGUGUUUUUGAGACAGAGUCACCAAGUGUAAGGGAAGGGGGUUGUCUGGCUGCGUCCCUGCCUGGGUCCCCGCUGUCCCCAGCCACUCUGUGCUCCCUACACAGUACAGGGUCUAGUUGCUGCAUGCAUUAACCCCCACUGCUUCACGCUGCUCACACCCAGAGGGCCAAAGCCAGCCCUGGGGUCUCCCCACUGCCCCCAGCAAGUCAUGCCAGGGACGGGCUUGUCCCAGAAAAUCUGGAAAGGGAACUUGGCCGUGAGCUUGUCGAAAAUGUCAAUAAAUCCUCACUCUGUGGCAUGGGG